CGAAACUGGCAGUCAAGGUUAAGGCCGAAUAACGAUAUGGCGCGAUUUUCAACUGAUAGUUGCUUGUAGUCUUCCUGACAAAUCUUAAGUAAUGCAAGCACUAAUAAUAUGCAACGCAGAAUCUCCUGAGCUGGAGCAAUUAACUGUACAAGGUUCUGCUUCUUUACUCCCUCUGGGAAACGAGACUGUCCUCAGCAGAUUGAUGAGUAUUUUUAUUCUGAGUGAAAUAUCUGACGUAACAAUAGUCCACAACAAAGCACAGACAAUACGUCUAACGAAUUAUUUAAAUGAAAAUCGUCAACUUUGGCCUGGUUAUAUGAAAGUUAACUUUCGCGAACUUCCUAACUUCUACUCUUUAUCCGAAACGCUACAGAGAAUCCGCUCUUCAAUAACAUCCAACUAUCUUUUUAUAACUUAUUCCAAUACCGUUGUCAGUGAAAUCGAUUUACGGGACAUAUUUCUGACAAUGAUCAGGAAAAAGGCUUCAGUGGUGACCGUAUUUUCAACUCUCCCUACGACAGAAAGCAAACUUCUCAAGUCUAUUCCCAGCGAAUUAACCGUAACUACAAAUGAUGGCAGUACCCUAAUUAGCUAUGUGCCCGCAUGUGAUAUAAAAAAGCAAUCUAAACUUCCUAAAACUCUUAGCUCUCAACAGACUAUCUUAUGUCGUUCAGAUCUUAGAGAUUGCGGAUUGUAUUUGGUUUCCAGGACAGCUUUGGAUCACAUUGCUAAGCUAGGGGAAGAUAUAACUCACCGUAAAAAGUCUAUUUGGCAAUAUGUUUGGUCCGAACCUCCGGAGGCAAAUCAAGAAACUAACGGAGAGCCUGAUGAAAAAUUCGUGAUUAACAACAUAAAGAAUUACCUUGAAUGCUAUCAAACAGGUGGAACUUGCAUUCAUGAACAUCAUGACAAAAUCAUUUCAGUCAAAUUUGAGGAUCCGUUGAUAUAUGCUGAAACAAAUCGCUUGAUUAUCCAGAAAUCCUGCAUUCACACUGGAUCUCAACAGUCAGGAAAGGAAUUUAAUGUUAUCCAAGAAAAUUGUACAGUGCACAAAAAAGCAUUUAUGCGCUCAAGUUUUGUGGGUUCUUCAUGCAAAAUCGGUGCUGAUGUACGAAUCUUAAACUCCGUUCUUCUUUCAAAUGUAGAGAUUAGGGACAAUUGUACUAUUCAAGGAUGUGUUAUUGGUGAAAAAGCGGUUAUUGAAGAACUAUGUAAUUUGAAAAGUUGUACUGUCGCAGCAUUACAACGAGUACCAACCGGAACAAAUCUCGAAUCCAAGCAAUUAGGAUUUACAGAUCCAGAACUAAAUGCAACAUAACCCUUUUUUGUACUGUUGACUACCUUUUUGUUUACAUAAAAUAAAUACUUAUGAUAAAUAUUUAAUUGUUAUGGUAUCACCUUUCAAGCUGAGAUUAAUUUACAUUCUGUAAUUGUUAUGUCUUGGCCAGCUAUUUUUCAUUGAGAC